AUGGCUUUUGAGAGCGGCACCGCCUACGCAGAAUCGGAUGCCGACGACGAGUAUGAGCGCAGCAUGGGCGGUCACUCUCCCGUAGGCGACUCGGAAGCCUCUCCCAUCGAUUCUGAGCUCUCGACGUCUGCUGAACACACGCCCACAACAUAUGGCCGCCACAGCACCACCGACCGCCUGCCCGAGACAAUCAUCUCAGAAUGGACCGCCGACGAAUGUGCUGAUUUUAUCAGCACCAUCGGCCUCUCCCAGUAUGCCGAUCAUUUCAUCGAAAACGAAAUUGUCGGAGAGGCCCUGGUCGCCCUGCUUCAUGACGAUCUCAAGAGCAUGGGCAUCGCCAGUGUCGGCCACAGAUUAACCAUCCUGAAGAGCGUUUACGAUGUGAAAAAAGCACAAGACAUACCCUUGGAAUCGGAUCACUAUUUACCAAUGUCUGCUGAUGCCGAAGCACAAUACGCCACAGCGACACUGAACGAUAUCAAGCACCUAGUCGAACAGCUCAGACUGCGCGAUGAGCGCAUGAAUCUACUUGAAGGGGACCUGCGACGUAUGACGGACGACUUUCGACGGUUACGCGAAGAUGUUUUGCCUGCUCUGAGAAUCGCCAAGGAUGCGCAGCAACCGCUACCCAACGUCACUCCCAGCAGCCAAGGAUACACAUUCGAGGCUGGCAACAUUUCGAGCCCUGGUCCGACGCCUCCAGGCGGCAGCACCGGUAUUGGCGGUGUAAAGCGCCAAUAUUCGCAACGCAAAAUCCUGAUAGGAGCCACGCCCAAGAGUUCAUCGCCCACACAGGCCGGCCACGAAAGAAGCAUUGCCGAGCAAACUCUGGAUCCCACCAGCGCCGCGGAACGCGCUGUUCUCUCGUCGACCCAUCUUGCCGCCAUGAACGGCUCUGGCCACAACGCUUCAUCUCCCGGUUACUCGCCCAACAUGCCCUCUCCCACGUCACCUCAAAAUUACCUAAGCGGCACCACGCUCGCAUCGCGCUCCUAUCGCAGCGACUCGGCCGCACCCUCGAUACGAAAUUACAGCGACGCCGGUGCGCAGCGACGGCGCGAGACGCCCGUCCCCGAUACCCCGAACCAUCCGCCCGGCUCGGUAGAAAUCUUCAAGUCGUUCCGUGUCUCUAUGGAAGACCCGUGCUACAAAGUUCUACCGGCGGCGCUGCGCAAGUACCAAAUUAAAGCCCCUUGGGACCAGUACGCGUUGUAUAUCGUCUACGGCGACCAGGAGCGUUGUCUGGCCAUGGACGAGAAGCCUUUGAUUCUCUUCAAGCAGCUGGACAAGGAGGGAAAGAAGCCCAUGUUUAUGCUGCGCAAGACGACAAGCGCCGCGGUGGACGGCGACCCAGGGAGCGCGGGAGGCGGUGCGAGAGGCACAUCUUCGGGUUAUGACCCGCCCGGUGGUAUCAUCUAA